GUUCGUUUCUGACCAGCUUCAACUUCAACUUCAACUUCUACCCCCUCUCCUCCGCCUCUCUGACGCGCCUCUUUACCCAAUCAUGUCUGCCUCGCCCGCUGUGCUUCGCCGCUUGAUGCGUGAGCUCAAUGAGCUCCAGACGAACCCCCCGGAAGGGAUACGCGUUGUCACCAGCGAAGACAAUAUGCUGGACGUCACAGGCAUCGUUGAAGGCCCAGAGGGUACACCCUACGCUGGCGGAUACUUCAGGGUGAAGUUCUCAUUCACAGAAGAGUUCCCGGCUGCACCACCAAAGUGCCGCAUGAUCACGAAGAUCUUCCACCCUAACGUAUCAGCGGCAGGCGAGAUCUGUGUCAACACACUCAAGAAGGACUGGAAAUCCUCAUACGGCAUUGGCCACAUCCUGGUGACUGUCAAAUGCCUUCUCAUCCACCCGAACCCCGAAUCCGCGCUGGACGAGGAAGCAGGCAAGCUGUUGCUGGAGAACUACGACAGCUACUGUGACCGGGCCCGGCUGAUCACGAGCGUGCACGCGACGCCGCGGGUGCGCCCCGCAGAGUUCCACAAGCCCACCGCCUCCGCAAACGCGACCGCGUCGGCCAGCAAGUCUGCGUCGUCGAAGUCAAUAUCGUCGAGUGCCUCUGCGAGCGCCACGACGGAGAACUCUGCUCCUGUCACGUACCCCCUUCAUGCCUCCACUCCCAACACAUGCUCGCUCUCGCCCUCAGACUCGUCGUUGGCAGGGCAGAAGCUCACGGGCAAGGAACGGCUGACCUCGCCCGCCCCGCUUGGUACCGCAGACUCGAACGUAGCGGGUGCUACUGCUGCCGUACCCGCGGCUGCGGCUGCAAUGACUAAGGCAGUCAAGAGGGCAGCGACAGGUGGAGGGGCUGGCGCGGAGAAGCGGAAGAAGGCCCUCAAAAGGCUAUGACGAGGGCAUGCAUAGGGGCGGACGUUGAUGCUGCUUGUUCUAGUUGUUGGAUCUGUACGUAGUUGUUGUGUUCAUCGUGUUGCUAUGGGUAGUGUUCUCGCAUGUGCAUGUUCUGUAGCUUCAUUCUCCUCGCAUUUAUAACACCCCUGCAUUGUUGUGAUCCGUAUCAAAUGUUCUGACUGUCGCGGCACCGUAGUCACGAUGUCGGUCUCAAUUCCUAAUUCCUUUCUUAGACGCGGUAUUCGCACACAAACGCUU